AUGAAUAAUAAUAAAGAAAUUUCGGGGCGAAAAUGUAAAUUCCAAAAGAUUAUUACUUCAUGUUUAUUGCGCUUUAUAACAGAUGAAAAUCGUGAUGGUCUUUUGCCCCGAUUUCAAGGAUAUUUUGUCAUCAGCUUCGGAAGAACAAAUGACUCCGACGGCCGCCGUGAACUCAAUCGCGCCGCAUCAACUCUGCCUCGCAAAGGCUUCCUGUUUAAUUUACAGUCGGUAUUGUUGGGUGCUGGACGAGUAGAGAGAGCCAUUGGAAGAAGCCUUGACCAGCGGCCGUGGAAUAUAAACUUUGUUGGGAGCGCGACAUUCAGUGCCUUUGAAAGGCCAGACCUGCUAAUCCCCAGAGACAUUCAGGCUUCCUUUAGUGUCAGUGAUCAAAUCCAAAAAUUUGCAUUUUCAGCGAGGAAUACAAAAUUGUCAUUUAUGAGACCCAAAAGAGAUAAAGGGAACGAGUCUAAAUCUAGCCAGCCAGAUCAAAGAAACCAAUAUUAGUUUCUAACGAAAUCCGAGUAUGAAGUUGAUGGAUAGCAGAAAAAUUGUACAUUUGAUGUACUUUUUGUUCCUAGCCUAUGCCUCUUAUGAGCUAUGACUUUUACAUACAUACAAACAGAUGUUCUCAAUCACAUCAAAAUAGCUGCUAACAUUCACAAAGGUCUUCUUGCCUUCUGCAUUUAGUUCCAGGUUGUGUUUGGAUUGCUGGUUUUGGAUUCACAAAAGUCAUCUUCAAAGCAGGAUCAUAAAUCACACAGUAGAACUAAAUGGGUAUAUAGCUUACAGCAUUUACUAUCCAUUUUAUCAUGACUCCAUAGAAGCUAACUUUAAAAUUUAAGUCCUGAUCGAUCUACUUCAACCGUGCUGUGUUCCCUUUCACAUCCAGA